CUGGAGCUGGGAUGCACGCGUUGCCAUGGCAACAGCUGCGCUUUGUGCAGGGGGCAGCGGAGGCCUGGGCACCGCGCACCGAUGGAGCCCCGGAGCAGGAUUUAGUUAAAAAUGUCAAUGGCUACCCCAGAAGGAGUGGUAGAAUAUCGUGACCCCCCAGAAGACAUUAGAUGUAGCAGCCGCGUUUACUAUGAAAAUAAAACCGAACAGGAGCUUGUUGAAGAGCUCGCUGGGAUCAGUGAUAAAGUGUUUGAAGACCACCGGAAAUCGAUAGAAUGCUUCACAGGGAGAGGAUGGGAAGUAGCCGUGUGUGGUUGGGGUGCAGUUUCUUCAACCAGCUAUCUACAGCCUCAGAAGAAAACAAGAAAGCCUAAAUCAGAAGCAGCCUCAGACUGUAUCCUCUGCUUAGAGAUGUGUCACAUCACAGACAGUAAGAACGGAACUCCUGAAACUAAAAACACAACAGACUCAUGGCAGGAGACAACAGAGGCCGAGCUCCGUCCUGAUAAUGGACGUUGUGCGGGAGGAAGCUUGCACUCGGCUUUCACCGGUCACUGCCCUUCUACUGCAACAGUUUCCAAAAUAGAAACCUAUUGUAACAAAGUGUCCGAUACUCAGCCAUCUAGUGACAGACAAAGACAAGACAAGGCGAAUAGUUCUGAAAGAGAUACAUCUCCUGCCUCGGUUCAGGAAGCCAACUCUGGUUUCAUGAAUUCUUUAGGUACCAGCUAUUUUUGUACAAAGGAACCACCAGUGUUAAGUUCUCCAGUGUUACUGCCUCCUCUCAAGAACGCAGCCAACAAUGGAUAUGGUGUCCACAAGACAGAGUACAUGUUUCAACUGCCUGAAAAGUUUCCUUCACAGACCUUUUCAGGAACUUCUGGAAAUGCAGAGAUUAUUAACAAGAUGGAGCCAAAGCUUGAGAAGAGGCUACUUGAGGGAAUGUGGGAUCUACCGAAAGAGCAGGCAAAACCAUUCAACUCACUCUCUUCUACGCCUCAUAUUUCAAAAACCCCUUCAAAAGAUUCAGACCGCCUGUACCAGAAGUGUUCAGUGGUUACUCAGAAAACCAACUUGUCAAAUGCCAAUGCGCUUUCCAUGAAACAAAAUGGCGGUCCAUCACAGAUGGGAUUUCUUCACACAAGAGCCACGCAGAACAAACGCAACGUCCGGCAGGAUCUCAGGCACCGUAGCGAGAUGAAGAUGUGCAACAGAGCAAAAUCGGCCACCAAACCUAUGCUGUCAAAUACGAUUUUGCCUUCGCUAACAGUUACAAGGGUCCGAAUCCCAGUGGUUCCCCAUCGAUUCCUAUGAGAAGAAAACCGCAUGGGGGGGUCCUUUUGUUUAAGA